UAAUUAAUUAAUCUCGUAUAUCAUAUAAUAGCUAUAUGACUUCAUCUGAGAUCAGACGCGAAAUGGACGCAAAUUCAAACUUCCAAAAACGUCGAGGUACUCAAAUAAAUGCAGAAAAGAAACAACACAGAAAAACAUCGUCAGCACUGUUGCAGGAGUUCAUAGAAAAAUGUGACGAAGAAGAUAGCAUAGAUAAUUUGUUUGAAGGAAACGAUUCCGAUGAUGAAGACAGUCUAUAUAAGAUGAUUAAACUUCAAAAAUCUUUCUUAGAACAAGUCCGAUUCCAGCCAUGGACCAUGAAGAAAAAGCUAAAGAUUACUAGCACGGUAAAAGACUAUCUAGAACGACAUGAAGGUAAACUGUCAAAACGACAUGACUGUUGGGAAAAGUUUAUUAUGUCCAUGAGGAGAUUUAAACGAAGUUUGGACGAUUUUGCACAGAUUUUGAUUCCAUGGGAAAUGAAAGUGAAGGCCAUUGAAAGUCAUUUUGGUUCUGUUGUUUCAUCAUAUUUUGUAUUUCUGCGAUGGCUUAUGUGGAUAAACAUUUGGCUGGCAGCUUUGCCGUUGUGCUUUUUGAUUAUACCUGAGAUAAGUAUGCUUCAACAAGUCAUCUUGAGAAGAAAAAGGGUUAUUAUGUUGUCUAUUUUAACUGUACAUUUUACCGUUUUAUUUCAAAUUCUAUUUGGACGUCCCAGUGGUAGCGUUGGCUAUAAAACCAUACCAGCAGACGAGAGACAAAAAGCCUCCGAACUAAAAUCUAUAUGGGACGCCGAAGGGAUAGUGAAAUACUCACCCUUGUUCUAUGGUUACUAUGGACACGAUAAACUGAUCGGUAACGGCUACAGACUGCCUCUUGCAUACAUGAUAAUAGGAUUGGCUGGAUUUGCCUUCAGUUUCAUCGUGGUACUGCGGCAAAUGGCAUCAAACAGCAAAAGAAGCGGAUUGUCUGGUCAAGAGGAAAACUUUACAUUUUCAAGGAAAUUAUUUAGUGGUUGGGACUUUACAAUUGGACAUCCUGAAACCUCGACGAACAAGUAUGCUUCAAUUGCUACAGGUUUUAAGGAAAGCAUUUUAGAGGAGAAGCAAAAAUCUCAAGAACAAAAUAAAAAACUACUGACACUGUUAAGAUUAUUGGCCAACAUAAUAGUAUUAAUGUUGUUAGCCCUUAGUACAUAUAUAAUACAGUUAUGCGUAGAACGAUCCAGAAAAGUAGAAAUAAGCCACAGAAGAGAUAACAUAGAAAUCGGACUCUGGGAACAGCAAGAGCUUACAGUAGUAAUGACACUCAUAGCAACAUUGUUCCCAACUUUCUUUGAUAUCGUUUCAAUCAUGGAGAAGUACCACCCAAGAGUAAAUCUGCGAUGGCAACUCGCAAGAAUAUUUGGAUUGAAUCUUUUGAACCUGUAUACAUUAUUUAUUGCACUGUUUUGGAAGCAAGAAGAUUUGAAAAAGGAAUUACAUACUAUUUUGAUGGAGGAACCAUGUAACACAACAGAGUCGUCAAUAACUAUGCCUUCUACGGAUCAAUUCAACUGUAGCAUUCAGACAGAAAAACUAGAUUCUAGUUUAUGUUGGGAGACUAUGAUAGGUCAAGAAGUAUUUAAGCUAACAGUAAUGGACCUUGUAUUUGUUAUUGGUACCAUUAUAAUACAAGAAUUUCUUAGAGGACUUUGUGUCAGAUAUUUUAACCCAGUUUGUUGCUGGGACAUGGAACAAUCAUUUCCAGAGUAUGCUGAUUUUCAUACUGCAGAAAAUAUACUACACUUGAUAAGUAACCAGGGUGUUGUAUGGUUAGGGACAUUUUUCGCGCCAGGUCUGCCAUUAAUAAACCUGGCAAAAUUAUUUGUCUUACUUUAUUUACGUUCCUGGUCUGUGAUGGUAUGUAAUGUUCCACAGGAAGGCAUAUUUAGGGCCUCAAGAUCAAACAAUUUUUAUUACGCAUUAUUACUAGUCAUGUUGUUCUUGUCGAUGUUGCCACCAUUGUUUGCCAUUGUGGCUAUAGAACCAUCCCCACACUGUGGACCGUUCAGCGGACAGAAGAAAAUGUUUGAGGUAAUAAGCAAUUACAUUGAUGAUGAAUUGCCAUCUAGCCUGACAGCUGGUAUUAACUACGCAGCAUCUCCUGGUGUCAUCAUUCCUUUACUGAUGCUUUUGGGAAUGACUAUUUACUACCUAGUUAGCGUAAAUAAAGGUCUUAAAGAAUCAAACAAGGGACUCAAGAAAGAAUUACAAUAUGAAAGGACAGAAGGAAAGCAGAAAAUUUAUGCAAUGGCAAAUGUGAAAAGAGACUUAGAAUCUGGACAAUCCAAUGGGGAAAAGAAAGAUACCAAGAUGUCUGGUGCAGCAUAUUCAGUAAUUGCAGCAAAGAGAAUAGCAAAACUUCUCAACGCUAACAAAGAUGCAGUGAAGAUGAAAUUGAAACCGCACCAGCCUAGUCAAAAUGUUUAAAUAAAAAAACUCUAAUAUGCAUUACACUUAGUCUAGAAGAUGUCCAAGAAGUGUCUUUCAGUGACAAAGAAAAGGACUCAUUAUACCAACCAAAUCAGGAAAAAAGGAAGGUGUCUAAGUAAACAUUAUUUUCUUCGUCUUAACAGGAAUGGCAUAUGAAUGUUAAGCCUUGAGUGGAGAAAACUAAUAAUACAUGUUGUUUGAGUUAAAAGUAUGUAAAGUCACUGUUGUUUUUAAUUUUUAAUAUCAUUGAAUAUCAAAAUCCAACGUAUGUUAACAUGUUAUCAUACAUUUUCGUCAACUCUCUUACUGACUAUUUUGCAGAAAUUUUUUGUCUCAAUAAAUAAUUGCUGAGUG